CACCAGAGUUAUCAUCCAUGCCCUCCUAAAAAGACGUCUUGAAGCACAUCUUGCUGCAGAGCCGAAUUCAGGACCCGGAAUACCAGGACUAAAAUUAAAUCUCACCAGGGUUCGUGUGCAAGACAGACCCAAAGGAAUGGACUGGCUUCUUUUCCGAAACAUUUGUCUUUUGAUCAUCCUAAUGGUGGUGUUGGAAGUAAACAGUGAAUUUAUUGUUGAGGUGAAAGAAUUAGACAUUGAAAAUGGCACCACGACAUGGCAAACCGUCAGAAGGCAAAAGCGGGAGUGGAUCAAGUUUGCUGCAGCCUGUCGAGAAGGAGAGGACAACUCGAAGAGGAACCCAAUUGCCAGAAUUCGGUCAGACUGUGAAUUGAACCAGAAGAUUACAUACCGAAUCUCUGGGAUAGGGAUUGAUCGACCACCGUAUGGAGUGUUCACCAUUAAUCCUCGCACUGGGGAAAUUAACAUCACUUCAGUGGUAGACAGAGAGGUAACUCCACUUUUCUUGAUCUAUUGUCGGGCUCUGAAUUCAAGGGGUGAAGAUUUAGAAAGGCCUCUUGAGCUCAGAGUCAAAGUCAUGGACAUAAAUGAUAACGCUCCAGUCUUUACACAAAGCGUCUACACAGCCAGCAUUGAGGAAAACAGUGAAGCAAAUUCCCUGGUAGUAAAGUUAAGUGCCACAGAUGCAGAUGAAGAAAAUCAUCUGAAUUCUAAAAUCGCCUACAAGAUCAUCUCUCAGGAGCCUGCGGGUGCACCAAUGUUCAUUCUGAACAGAUACACUGGCGAAGUCCGCACGAUGUCCAGUUACCUUGACAGAGAGCAACACAGUAUGUACAACUUAAUCGUGAGGGGCUCAGAUCGGGAUGGAGCUGCAGAUGGACUGUCUUCUGAGUGUGACUGUAGAAUCAAGGUUUUAGACGUCAACGAUAAUUUCCCCACCUUAGAGAAAACUUCAUACUCAGCAAGUAUUGAAGAGAAUUGUUUAAGUUCGGAACUGAUACGAUUACAAGCAAUUGAUCUUGAUGAAGAAGGCACCGAUAAUUGGCUGGCAAAAUAUUUAAUUCUCUCUGGCAAUGAAGGGAAUUGGUUCGAUAUUCAAACAGACCCAAAAACCAAUGAAGGUGUUUUGAAAGUUGUCAAGAUGCUGGAUUAUGAACAGGCGCCUAAUGUUCAUCUUAGCAUCGGAGUUAAAAACGAAGCUGAUUUUCACCACUCAGUUGCUUCUCAAUUCCACAUGCGCUCAACUCCUGUAAGAAUUCAGGUUGUCAAUGUGAAAGAAGGCCCUACAUUUCAACCAAGUUCUUUGACUUUUAGCGUGCCAGAAGGAAGAAAAGGAGAUUCCUUGUUGAAUUAUGUGCUUGGCACAUACACAGCUAUAGACUUGGACACAGGCAACCCCGCAACAAAUGUCAGGUAUAUCAUAGGGCAUGAUGCAGGCAGCUGGUUAAAAGUCGAUUCAAGGACUGGCAAGAUACAAUUUUCUAGGGAAUUUGAUCAGAAAUCAAAAUAUAUUAGCAAUGGGAUGUACACAGCAGAGAUCCUGGCUAUAGAUGAUGGCUCUGGAAAAACGGCGACAGGAACCAUAUGUAUUGAGGUUCCCGAUGUCAACGAUUACUGUCCAGUCAUUGUUCCUGACAGAAGAACCAUCUGCACUGACUCUCCGUCAGUCCUCAUCUCUGUUGGUGAACAUUCUUAUGGGUCUCCCUUUACCUUCUGUGUUGUUGAUCAGCCACCAGGGACAGCUGACAUGUGGGACAUCAGAUCAGUAAAUGCUACCUCUGCAAUCCUUAUGUCGGAGCAGCCUUUAUCUCUGCAACUUUACCAAAUCCCCAUCGUAGUGAAGGACAGCUAUAACAGAGUGUGUGACUCAUCACAGAUCGUGCAGUUAUAUGCCUGUGAUUGUGACACCAACCACAUGUGCUUGGACUCUAGCAUCACCGGCAUCCAUACAGGGGACAUAACUGGUGAUACAUAUGGACCUGUCACUGAAGACCAAACCGAGGUUUCAAAUGUUGGUCUUGGACCAGCAGGGAUCGGCAUGAUGUCUAUGGGCGGCCUAAUGCUGCUUAUGUCGCCACUCUUGCUGCUCAUGUGUUGCUGCAAGCGGAAACAGCCACAAGGCCUGGGGACGAGUUUUGCUCCUGUGCCCGAGGGGGGAGAAGGAGUGAUGCAGACUUGGAGGAUAGAAGGGGCCCAUCCCGAGGACAGGGAUGUGUCAAAUAUCUGUGCGCCCAUGACAGCCUCAAACACCCAGGAUCGUAUGGAUACCUCUGAAAUCUACAACAAUACCUACGCGGGUGGAGGCACAGUUGAAGGGGGUGUAUCAGGAGUAGAACUCAAUACAGCUCUCGGGACAGCCACCGGCCUUGUGGCCGGAGGAGCCACAGGAACCAUGAGGAAGAGGAGUUCCACCAUGGGAACCUUGAGGGAGUAUGCGGACACGGGGGUCAACAUGGCUUUCUUGGACAGCUACUUCUCAGAGAAAGCAUAUGCUUAUGCAGAUGAAGAUGAAGGCCGACCAGCCAACGACUGCUUGCUCAUUUAUGACCACGAGGGAGCAGGGUCUCCUGUGGGCUCUAUCGGUUGUUGCAGUUGGAUUGUGGAUGACUUAGAUGAAAGCUGCAUGGAAACUUUAGAUCCAAAGUUUAGGACUCUUGCUGAAAUCUGCUUAGACACAGAAAUUGAACCAUUUCCUUCACACCAGGCCUGUAUCCCUAUCAGUACCGACCUCCCUUUGCUGGGACCUAAUUACUUUGUCAAUGAAUCUUCAGGAAUGACUGCCUCGGAAGCUGAAUUCCAAGCAGAAAUGGCAACCCCUGAACCCAUGAUUCAUGGAGAUAUUAUAGUGACUGAGACUUACACUACUGCUGAUCCAUGUGUGCAACCCACUACAAUUGUUUUUGAUCCUCAGCUUCCACCCAAUAUUAUAGUAACCGAAACAGUAAUGGCACCCAUCUAUGAUAUCCAAGGGAAUAUUUGCGUACCUGCUGAGUUAGCCAAUACACACAAUGUAAUCUACGCUGAGAGAGUACUGGCUAGUCCUGGUGUGCCCGACAUGAGCAACAGUAGCAUGACUGAGGGUUGUAUAGGGCCUGUGAUGAGUGGUGGUAUUUUGGUAGGGCCAGAAAUCCAAGUGGCACGAGUGGCGAGUCCAGAUGUUCCCACAGGUCAAACUGUGGGCUCUGCAUCCCCAAUGACAUCUCGACACAGAGUAACACGGUACAGUAACAUACAUUACUCCCAACAGUAAGUGCUUUAUAGUCAGUAUUCUAUAUGAAGACCUUGCAUCUUGUAAUCACCAGUAUAUGCCCCAAAGAUAUAUAAUGUACUAUAUCAUUUUAACAGUCAACAAAUAUUCUAAGUUCGAUGCCGCUCUUUGAUUACAUCUUUUUGAGGAUACAUAUGGCUAGAACUUUAGAUAAGCCUUUUUAAUGCUUCCUGAUUUUAAAUAAUGUGCCCAAAAACUUGAAGAAAACAUAUAGCAUCCUUUGAUACUGUCUUCUAAGUAGUACGUAACUCAUUGUGAAUCCCACAGGUCUUGAGGCCUGUAGAACCAGUCUUGUAAAACAAGAUGCCCUUGUUCUUGGAAGUUACAAAAGACGUCUUGUCUAUAUCUACUAGCCAUAUUUUCUUUGGAGUAAUAUUUGUAUUAAAAUUUUUUAAUUGAAAAAGUGAAUGAGAUGUACAUUUUUGAAACGAAAAUGAAAAGGAAUAUGGAAUGUCUGUCAAUGGAUAACUGAAAUCAUUUGUCUCUUAAAAUGAUUUUUCAAGAUAUGCAAUAUUAAGCAAUAGGGCAUGCUUACUAUAAUAAGAGAAGCAUUUGCCAGAUGAAUGCAUCACAACAAAUUGUUCAUCAAAAAGAAAUAGAUAGAUAUAUAAAUCUUUAUUGCACUUUAUUGAUUUAUAUCUUAAACUGUAAAUUAUGAAUAGCAAAAAAAAUAAUAAUAAUUAGGACAACCCUACAGUAGAAAUGGUUCUUAGGGGAAGUAUAGAGUUCACCCCCCUUACAGGGAAUUAUUUUCCUACUCGUGCUAAUUAUGUCAGAAAAAAAUAUGAAAUAUGGUUUAAUCAAUUUCCUUGACCCAAAUCAUAGAGCUUUCAUUUAGCAACCAGAUAUUCUCCAAAAGCAUGUCUGUAAUUAUUUAUAUAUUAAACAAUAUUUACUUAGAAGCUAGUAGGUGUUGAGUGCUAGUCUUGGCUCUAUGAAUAUGUAAGUAAAAAAGACAGACAUGAUUUCUGCCUUCCUAGAGCUUCUAAUUCAUUUCUAGACUCAAAACAAAACUUUGGAAUAUGACUCUAAGUUCCUACCAAAAAUAAUUAAGAAAAUACUUAAGUCCAUUACCAAGCUGUGUUUCUCUUUCCAACACUACUAUUUAUUUUGAAUGAAUGAAAUGAAAACACAUAGUUUGCUUACUUUUAGUAGGCACAAAGCUGGCUUGAGAAAAAGAAAUUCUAGCAAGGUAAUUUUAUUCUGUAAAAUAUGUACAGUAUAGAGUAAUAACUCUAUCAUGUGACUAAUGAGAUAGUGUAAAUGGAAUAAACUUAUUUUCAGGGCUUAUUCCUUGUGAAAGGAAA